GAGUCUACAUAUAUACUGAAAUUCUACGGCAUUGCGCAAGACGCCAAUGCCUUGUAUAUGGUGACCGAGUGGUGUGAGCUGGGUAAUUUGCAAGAAUAUUAUCGAGUAAAUCCUAUGGAUUGGAAUCAAAAAUCACAGUUUGCAGUGGACAUUGCCCGUGGACUAACUUUUUUACACGCCGUUUCCAUAUUACAUCACGAUAUUCGUUCGGAGAAUAUUCUGAUUACGGAAUACAGGCAAGCCAAAAUUGCAAAUUUUAAUUUAAGUCGUGGGGCAAAUGACCCCACAAAAGAUGUUCGGCCAACGAUUGAUACUGUGCGAUGGAUGGCGCCUGAAAAGUUGAAGGAUCACAAGAAUAAGUACAACACAAAGUGCGAAAUUUAUAGCUUUGGUAUGCUCUUAUGGGAGAUCGCAGAAGGUCAGAUUCCUUUUGCAGAAGAAAUGGAUUUAUUGGUAAUUCGUGAUUUCGUGGUAAAGCAGAAGAAACGACCUGUCUUCAGUAAUAAUGUACCACCAGAAUGGUCGAAAAUUUCAUAUCAAGCAAUGCAGGAUAGCCCAAAUGCACGUCCGGCACUUAAAGAUAUAUUCAUGGUCUUAUAUAGUCUCCACCAGAAAAAUCUAUUACAAAGAUCCCCCCGGCCAUCUCCAAAUCACAUUCCUUCAGAAGAUGAAUUGCCGGGAAUAGAUGACGAUCUUGGAAUAGAUGUUACCAUGAGCGUCAAAGAGGCAAUUGCCGAGCAUAAAAAGAAAGAUGGCGACAAAAAAAAGGUUUGGGAAGCAUUUAAGGUACACGCAGAGGAAUUUGGUGACAUGACUGCAAGAUAUUGGAUGGGAUAUUACCUUUAUUAUGAUUUGUGCCCUAUCGAUAAUCCUAAUGACAAAGAGGCCAAGCAAAAAAGAUUAGAAAAGGCAGCAUCACUAUUCAAAGAAGCAGCCGACAUGGGAAUAGUCGAUGCACAAUUACGUUACGGACAUUGUUUAUGGUAUGGUGAGGGUGUCCAGCGUAAUAUCAAGGAAGCGAUUGAAUAUUUUCAGAAAUCGGCGGAUAAUGGUAACGGAAAUACCACUGCUAUUUACAAUAUUGGGAAUGUAUAUUAUAAUGGAUUAGGUGUGGAACAGGAUAUGGAAAGGGGGAUACGAUUUUUGAGGCUAGCGGCAUUGCAAGGUCAACCAAAAGCCUUGGAGAUAUGUAAGAAAAAAGGAAUUCCCUUAGCAGACAUUGGUGACUGUUAA